AUGGCGAGUAGUACUGCUGGUAGUAGUUGUUACCCGCCCAAGCCGGUGACGUUGUCACCUGAAGAUGAACGCACCAUUGAAAUGCUCGCAGAUCGCCUCGUAGUAGAGACCUUGCACGCGAGUGAGAACUUUACUGCUCGAGGACGGGUAGCUGACCCUCGGUGCUGGAAAUCCAUGAAGAAGAAAGACAGCAUGGUCGUGUACCAAGAAGUUGCCAACUCGCGCCAAAAUGCGACUCGAGGCGAACGGCUUUGGAGUGAAGACACGGUCGUGAUUUCCGCCUCGCCACGACCAGCGGCUUUCGAUUUGACAACGGAGACCUAUCAGGUGUUGCAAGGAGAAGACGCCAGUGGUCGGUUCCAGGGCAUUCGAGGCACGUGUGAUUUCGACGACGACAAAGGUGUGGGCUACGAUACAUUCACAAAGUUUGGAGCCCGAGCUGGAACGGAUGACCAGGUGUUGCAGAGGUUCCUACCGGACAAUGUACCGACGAUUUUCUCGGCCGGGACGUUUCCAGGAACGGUGGAGGACAUGGCACUUGCCUUUUUCGCCGACUCGGACGAGCGAACCCGAACGCGGUUCAGCUCAAACAAGGACGUGGCAGUUGAUGACCUUAAGAUUCUCGCCCGGAUUCAUGGCCCGACAAAGGAAGAUCCGUUUCGGUUUCUCGGGAUCAAGUGGUAUACAAACGUCCCUCGUUGGAUGGUGUCACUGGUUGUCAAACCUCGAGACUAUUUGAUUAUUGAGUCCACUGGCAUGGCUUUUGACUCGAAUGGGGACCGCUUUACGUACAUGCUGAACCACUCGAUUGAAAUGGACGAGGUCCCGGACUUUCGGGCGUUUGGACUUGUGCGCAUGGUGUUUUCCGCUUGUCAUAUCAUGCGGCCUUACGAAACCAAGGACGCUGCUGUGAAGAUCUUCUCAAGGGGGUUCUUGCUCAUUAAUGGGAGCUUUGGUGUACGAGGAAGUGCCGCUCAACUUGCUGAGGGGUUUGUGGGCAUCCCUCGGAUGGUCGAAGAAGCGUAUUCAAGGAAACUUUCGUGGAUACUAGAGAACCGGUGUCGGUUGAGUGUAAGCAGUGCCAAUGGAACAGUCGAAGACAACAGCUUCAGUAGUAGCAACAGGAGCUCGAAGGCGCCCGGGGAGAAAUCAAGUACCUGUCCGUGCUGCCACAUGAAAAUGUGCUUACGACGCGGCAGUCUAUUACCGACAAGUAAAGGAGAGUGCAAUCUCUGCCACCAGACUGUCUGCCACAAGUGCACUGUGAAGAAGCUCCUGCCGAUCGAAGGGUCACGUGGCCGUCAAGUGAAAACAAAAGAGCUUGAGUUUUGUCUGAAUUGCUACCUGAAAGCCAAACGUUUGUCGGCGUGGCAAGUUGCACUGGCCAUGCUGAGCAGCUCUUCGCCAUAA